ACCACCCAGAACCUUUAGUUGUCCUCGGGUCCUUGUCAGAUUGCCCGCAUAGGUAACCAGCUCCGUCUUCUUAUAAACACACCGGUUACGGAUGCACUAAUAGCGCACUGAGCUCCACCGUGACUUCCCCCGAAGCCCGGGCUCCCUUCCCACCCACACGGCCCCCGAUCACGGCGUUGCCACCUUGGGAAGCCCAGCCCUUUCGUGUCUCGGGGCACGGUGGACACUCGAAGAGCGUGCGUGUGCCUGGGAGGCGGGCGACCCUGAGGACACCGUGGAUCAAAGCCCUGCGGUGAGACCACUCCCUCCCUCCGCGCCCGGCCGAGGUUAACUGCUGCGUCCGUCCCCAUGACGAGUGCUCCUGAUUGUGACAUCAUACCCACCCCUUGGCCAUGAAACUUGUCACUAGGAAGAAAGACUCAGCCGGAGAAUAGCCCACAAGAUGGGGUACUUGGAGCAUCUCCUGAGUAGCACUGAGUGGAGGCAUCCAGGGGUCGGAACCUUGUAAACAGGGAGCCUGCCCCCACCACCUAGACGGACCUGGGUUUCAGUGAUGAGACAUGGGGUAUGAUGUAACACGUUUCCAGGGGGAUGUUGACGAGGACCUUAUCUGCCCCAUCUGCAGUGGAGUCUUGGAGGAGCCGGUGCAGGCUCCUCACUGUGAGCAUGCUUUCUGCAACGCCUGCAUCACCCAAUGGUUCUCUCAGCAGCAGACGUGUCCGGUAGACCGCAGCGUUGUCACGGUCGCCCACCUGCGCCCGGUGCCUCGGAUCAUGCGGAACAUGCUGUCCAAGCUGCAGAUCGCAUGUGACAACGCCGUGUUUGGCUGCAGUGCCGUCGUCCGGCUUGACAACCUCAUGUCCCACCUCAGCGACUGCGAGCACAAUCCGAAGCGGCCCGUGACCUGCGAACAGGGCUGUGGCCUGGAGAUGCCCAAAGAUGAGCUGCCAAAUCACAACUGCAUUAAGCACCUGCGCUCCGUGGUGCAGCAGCAGCAGACUCGAAUCGCAGAACUGGAGAAGACGUCCGCCGAACACAAGCACCAGCUGGCCGAACAGAAGCGAGACAUCCAGCUGCUGAAGGCGUAUAUGCGUGCAAUCCGCAGCGUCAACCCCAACCUUCAGAACCUGGAGGAGACGAUCGAGUACAACGAGAUCCUCGAGUGGGUGAACUCCUUACAGCCAGCAAGAGUGACCCGCUGGGGAGGGAUGAUCUCCACCCCUGAUGCUGUGCUCCAGGCUGUCAUCAAGCGCUCCCUGGUGGAGAGCGGCUGCCCGGCCUCUAUUGUCAACGAGCUGAUUGAAAAUGCCCACGAACGCAGCUGGCCCCAGGGUCUGGCCACACUAGAGACCAGACAGAUGAACCGGCGCUACUAUGAGAACUACGUGGCCAAGCGCAUCCCUGGCAAGCAGGCUGUUGUGGUGAUGGCCUGCGAGAACCAGCACAUGGGCGAUGACAUGGUGCAGGAGCCAGGGCUCGUCAUGAUCUUUGCACACGGUGUGGAGGAGAUCUGAGAGCGCACAAUGGCUGUUAGGAGGAGGUAGACUUGGAAAACCCCAUUGCUCCAGCCGCCGAGCCCUGAGUGUCCCACUGUCCCUGUGCCACGGGUAGUUGAGCCACACACACUCCCUGCUCUGGUGGCACAAAGGACCUGGGGCACUUUGCUCAGCCUUCCAGCAGGUGAACCCAGUUCCUGCCUUUGGCCAUAUUCCUUCCCUACCAUGUCUGUGAAGGGGGUGGAGAAACCCCACCUCUGUAUUCCCCUGCCUGAGAUCCCCGGUUCCCAAUAUUUUCAGAAAGCACAAAGAAAUUUGUUUUCCCCAGAGGAUCAGGGUGGAGUGAGGAAUCUCUAAUUGUCCCUCUCUUCCAAAACCAGGGAAUCGGAGCAGGCAGGCUUGCUGACUCCACGCAGACAGCCAGCAGAAGCGCUAAGGGUGGUGCCCACAACCUCUUAGUGACCAGCGAGGUCAGGCCUGGUCAUCACUGACAGCUCUUGGGGAAGAUUGGACCUCUGUGCCAAGCACACCCCGCUGCAGCCCGCCCGGGAGGUGCAGGCCUUGCUGGGUGUGCGGGGUGGACACUGAGGUGCCCGUUUGGACUUUCCUACACUUUUUCAUAAUUAGGGCAGGGCUGGGUGCGGUGAGACUAAGCCGGGCUUCGUACACUCAGCAGGAAGCUGCUGUCUGGCUCUGCUGACUAGGACAGGCACGGCCUCGUGUGGCGUGUCCGGGGGACCUGCAUAGGCCCCUCUCCAGCCCUGUGAUUGUAGUUAGUUUGAUUUCCUUCAGCAUUGUUGGUUCAUAUUGCGCGAGUCACAGACCCCUGCUGUUACCCAAUUUUGUUUUCAUAGGAUGGCCUGGUUAUGGUUUUCCUACUCUCCAGCCUGGCCACACUGUUGGCGAUUUAAUUUAUUUACUUUUUUUUUUUUUUAAAGAAAGGAAAAAAGAAAAAAAAUCAAAACUUAAAACCUUUCUUCUGCUGUUCCUAUUGUGGGGAUUCUGGGUAGGGUGGGGCUGGGUAGGAUCUGUUUUCUGUUUGCUUUUCAGCAGUCUUUGCUCUGAUACCUGCUCCGACCUUCCCCUCCAUCACCCCAUCUGAGACAGGAACUUCGGCUGUGGCGGGCCAGCACCAGUGCCCUGCCCCGUGAAGAAGUUUGCUGCCGCCCUCUCGGUCUCCUCCUGAAACCCUAGAAUUGGCAUAUGCAUUUUGAAGGCAACUCUUCUCAUGUUUCCUGAGGAAACUUCUGUUUAUCUGGGCUCUAACCUUCAAAUGGGAUACAAAUUAGAUACGUCUCCAAAAACAGGCUGAAUACACUGCCUAACCCAAGUCCAUCUGAGGACUUGGGGUCCAUCAGGGCUCUCUGGGUCACUGCUGGACCCCUGUGGUGACUGGUGGAGUCAGCGAGGAGUGGUGGCUGUGAUUGAUGGCUUGGGAAGCACAGGCUGGGUGGGUUGGUGCGUCAGGGCUUCCCUCACUGUAUACCAGCUUCUCUUGGGGAGUUUCAUUCCGGGCCGGCUGUUGGUCUAGGUAGUUGAGGACCAUGAGGGAAAGUUGGAUGUUCCAGCUCCAGGGCACUGUGCUCAGGAAUUUGAAAAGGCUGCUAUAUUUUGUCAGUUACUGCAUUUCCUCACUCCUCUGCCCACACUGUCCCUUCCUUCCUCUCCGGUGAGUGAGGAGGCAGAGCGUCCGGCGUCUGCUCCGGUGUCUCUGCCGUUCUCUGGUUGUACUGUCUGUGCUGUCCUGGUGUUCAUGCACUAAUAAAUCUGUCACUCAACUCUAAAUCCUCAA